GCAGUAUCGCCCACCCCGCUAUCAAGCGUUAGCAGCGCGUGAUAUUAGCUAAUAAAUCAAGACGAGAACGGUAGGAGGAGCAGCAUUUUUUUCGGGGUGAUAACUUCUUGAAGCUCACUUGCUGUCCCGGCUGUCUGCGUUUGGAGCUUCUCCACAAAGCUUCCAGCCCGUGAAGCGUCACAUGACCAUGUCUUCUCCAGAGGUUACCUCGGUGUCCUGGGGUCACAUGAUUGUGAAGGGCAGCUCCUCCACCUACAAGGACUGUAAGGUGUGGCCCGGUGGCAGUCGAACGUGGGACUGGCGUGAGACUGGGACAGAGCACCACCCGGGAGUCCAGCCUGCUGAUGUACAGGAGGUGCUGGACAAAGGAGCAAAGGUGUUGGUGAUUGGCCGAGGCAUGAACAUGGCCCUGCAGGUUCCCGCCUCCACAGUGGACUGCGUGGCAAAACGAGGGGUGGACGUCAGAGUCCUGCAGACGGAAGAGGCCGUCGCUGAAUACAACAAACUGGCCAGACAGGGCAUCAAGGUGGGCGGGGUCUUCCACUCCACAUGCUGAAGUCAACGUCACUUGAAGAUACUUGAGCUUCACACUAGAAUGAAAGCGGCCUAAUCUGGUCUUUCACCUCCGCCUGCAGAAAUACAUAGACUUUUUAUACAAGGCAUACACUCUCUCACCAUGCGAAAGCAAUAAAAAUAUUUGUGGAAUUACGCAGCC